AUGCUCUCUGCAUUCACCGCCCGACCCAUCGUCGAGCUCAAACAGCGCGACAAGUCCAAGAUCGAGUCCAUCCUUGCCUAUGGCGAUCGUGUACUCGUAGGCCUGAAUACGGGCUCUCUCCGUAUAUACCGGGUAAACGACCAAAUCGAUGGUGUCGAGGGCGACGGCAAGCCGAAUGGUGAGCAGAACGGCGACCAGGCCGACGCUCCCACUCUCAAGCGCAAACCCGCCGACCUCCUUCGCGAAGAGGAAAAGUUCUCCCGACGGCCGAUACAACAGCUAGCCAUAAUCAAGGAAGCGAAUAUCCUUGUAUCUCUAUCGGAUAACUAUGUCUCGAUUCACGACAUACAAACGUACCAGUUGCAGGAAAAGCUAGAGAAGACGCGGGGGGCUACCACAUUCGCUGCGGCGAGCAACAUUGUAAAGGACCCGUCAACUGGCAUCCCGUCUAUUGUGAGCCAUCUCGCUGUGGCGGUGAAGCGCAAGAUCAUUCUGUGGACAUGGCAGGAUAUGGAGCUGACUGGCGAUGCUGUUGAGCUAUCACUCAUCGCUUCAGUCAAGAGCCUGACAUGGGCGACGGGAACCAAGAUUGUCGCUGGCAUGGACCCAGGCUUCGUGAUGGUUGAUAUUGAAACACAUGAUGUACAGGACAUCAUCAAACCAGGCGCGCUGGGAGAGAACGGUAACCAAGGCGGCGGCGCCCGAUUUGGCGCUGUCUCUUCUUCCGGUAUGGGAUACAUGGGCAUGGGCAGUUGGGUGCCGAAGCCUCUUGCGACACGGCUCGGAGAAGGCGAAAUGCUGCUCGCAAAAGACGUCAACAGCUUGUUCAUCGAUACAGAAGGAAACGCCCUCGACAAGCGCCAGGUUCCUUGGCAAUCUGCACCCGAAACUAUCGCAUACUCAUACCCGUACAUGCUGACGUUGCUGCCGCCUUCAAAGGGCAGCCUCGAAGUCCGAAACCCAGACACACUCAAUUUACUGCAGCUGAUUGCUCUACCAAACGUCAACUUCCUCCACGUCCCUCAGCCCAACAUUAGCUUGGCCCACGCCGGCAAAGGCUUUUUGGUUGCAAGCGAUCGAUGCAUAUGGCGUAUGGGUGCACAGAGCUAUGAGACACAGAUCGAUGAGCUAGUCGCAAAUGGGCGCUAUGACGAGGCGCUGAGUCUUCUCAACAUGCUUGAAGAUACGCUUCUUGUUGACAAAGAGGGCAGGGUGCGGGAGAUACAGAUACUCAAAGCGCAGGCGUUGUUUGACAUGAAGAAGUACCGUGAUGCCAUGGAACUGUUCAUUGAUGCAAAAGCACCACCUGAGCGCGUCAUUGCAAUGUACCCUAGAUCUAUCGCGGGAAACUUGGCUCCGGAGGAUAGUGUCAAAGGAGACGGGAGCGUAGCUGAUGAAGAAGACACCAACGGAGAGAAGGUGGCGAAAGAAGCCGAAGAAAGCACGCCUGGCCCUGCAUCCACGAUUGGUCGGUCGAUGAUGGGCCGCUUUGGAGUCGGUGGUCACAAAAAGGUAGACUCGGAUGCUGUCUCUAUCCGCACAAACUCAGCCAAGGAUGAGUCACCAGAGGCUGGGACACCGAAGAAAAAGCCAGCUGACCUUUCACCGGCCGACAAAGCGGCAGCCGAUAAGGAGUUCAAAGAUUCUGUUCGGGCUUUACAGUCUUUCCUUACCCAAUGCCGUGUUCAGAUCAAGCGAUACAUUGAUACUGAUGGAAAUCUGAAAGAACCUCUACCUACGCCGAGUGGCAGUCAGCUAGAAGCUGAGAAGCCACCGUUCCACUUCUUCAUCGAGGAAGCAUCUCUGGAGUCUCCGAUAGACUGGAAAGCGAAGCUACUGGAAGUGGCACAGUUGGUCGACACAACGCUCUUCCGUGCUUACAUGAUUGCAAAUCCCAGCGUUGCAGGCUCACUGUUCCGUCUGCCCAACUUUUGCGAGCCGGAUGUGGUACAAGAGAAGCUGUAUGAGACUGGUCGGUAUGCAGAUCUCAUUGACUUUUUGCAUGGCAAGAAGCUGCAUCGACAGGCGUUGGAGCUACUGGACAAGUUUGGGAAGAAUGAAGCUGAUGAAGAGGUAUCUCCGGCGUUGCAGGGACCGCAGCGAACGGUGGGAUAUCUGCAGGCGCUACCACCAGAACUGAUAGAUCUUAUCCUUGAGUACGCUGAGUGGCCGCUACGCACAGAUCCGAAGCUCGGCAUGGAAGUAUUCCUUGCCGAUACGGAGAAUGCGGAGACCAUUGCCACGGGACAGGGUGCUCGAGAGCUGAACGAUCUCAACGUCGACUUCCACCAGCGACUGGUUGAUUUAUUGCUCGAGAAGCUGAAGAGUGGUGAUUUUGAGAAUGACGAGGAGAAGCAGGAUUGGAUGAGGAGACUGCAGAUGUUUUUGAAAAAGGACAACGCGCAGUACAACCGAUAUCGCGUAUUCCAGCAGUUGCCGGCCAAUGACCCGGAUUACUACGAGGCCAGGGCGAUUGUACUAAGCAAGAUGGGUUCGCACAAGCAGGCAUUGGCAAUCUAUGUGUUCCAGCUGAAAGACUACAACAAGGCUGAAGAAUACUGCAACCAGGUCUACACGGCUCCGCCACCAUCUUCACCGACCAAGAGCUCGCAGCAAAGUACAAAUAUCCAGGGCACUAUUGAAGACACGGAGCUUUCCAUCUACCACGUCCUCUUAUCCUUGUAUCUCUCACCCCCACCGCCCAACCAACCCAACUGGCCUCCCGCGCUCGAGCUUUUGUCUAAACAUGGCGCCCGACUACCGGCGGCAACAACGCUUGAUCUGGUUCCCCCAACGCUGCCUGUCAAGGAUCUGGAGUCAUACUUUUUCGGUCGGAUGCGCAACGCAAACUCGCUUCUCAACGAAGAGCGGAUUGUAGCUCAUCUUCGUGGCGUGGAAAAGGUUGCUGUCGAAUCGGCCGUGUUGCUUGGUGCUGAUAACAAAACGGAUCAAUACGGAAGGAAGGUGCCGGGUGGGUUAAACAGGAGGGUAGUGAUUGACGAAGACCGACAUUGCGCAGUAUGCCACAAGAGGUUUGGGGGUAGUGCGAUUCGCGUGUUUCCGGACAACAGCGUGAUACAUAGUGGUUGUAUGAGGGGUAGCGUGGGUAGGAGGACGGCUGGUGCGUCUGGGUGGCGUUGA